GCGCCGCGCGCUCCCCGUGCGGGGUCGGGCUGGACUGAGCGGAGCGCGGGGCGUGGAGCAGCCACUGCCGCCACCGGCAUGGCCCAGCCGCGCCGGCGCCCCCGACGUACCAGCAGUCCCCUCCAGGCCAGGCCAUUGGCAAGUGGGCAGCAGCUGGCAGCUGGCAGACUGUGAGGAGCCGUGGCACAUCUCCCUGCGUCUGUGCUCCUGACUCACCCAGAAGAAGGUGCUCCUGACUCCCGGCUCUCCUGCUCUAUCUGUUCCUGGUGGGCAAAUCGGAGGCUUGGCGUGAUGGAGAUGCCCUGAGCCCUUGCCCCAGGAGCUUCAGGCCUGGAUGUUGGUGCUGCUCCUCCCAGACAAUGUGGCUGAUACUCUGGAGAAGCCCUCUCUUGCCCUCCGUUCUCCAAGUGCCUGAGCUGGUAGCUGGCUGGGACCUGCGUCUCACCCUCUGGGUCCUGAGCUUUGCCUCAGCAGUUGUGCGGAUGGAGGGCCAAGUCUACUCACCGACUGUCAACACGCAUUAUGGGAAGUUACGGGGGGUGCGCGUGCCACUGCCCAGCGAGAUCCUGGGCCCUGUGGACCAGUACCUGGGGGUGCCUUACGCUGCCCCCCCCAUCGGGGAGAAGAGGUUCAUGCCACCCGAGCCGCCACCAUCCUGGUCAGGCAUCAGGAAUGCUACCCACUUCUCGCCGGUCUGCCCCCAGAACAUCCACAACGCUGUUCCUGAGAUCAUGCUGCCCAUCUGGUUUACCUCCAAUUUGGAUAUCGUGGCCACAUACAUCCAGGACCCCAAUGAGGACUGUCUGUACCUCAACAUCUACAUCCCCACAGAGGAUGUAAAACGGAUUUCCAAGGAAUGCACCCGAAAGCCCAACAAGAAAAUAUGUAGGAAAGGAGGAGCCAGCGCUAAGAAACAGGGCGAGGACUUAGCGGAUAAUGACGGGGAUGAAGACGAAGACAUCCGAGACAGCGGGGCCAAGCCUGUGAUGGUGUAUAUCCACGGUGGCUCGUACAUGGAAGGCACAGGGAACAUGAUAGACGGCAGCAUCCUGGCCAGCUAUGGGAACGUGAUUGUCAUCACCCUGAACUACCGCGUUGGAGUGCUCGGGUUCCUGAGCACGGGGGACCAGGCUGCCAAAGGCAAUUAUGGACUGCUGGACCAGAUACAGGCGCUGCGCUGGGUCAGUGAGAACAUCGCCUUCUUUGGGGGAGAUCCCUUGCGGAUCACUGUCUUUGGUUCCGGUAUCGGUGCCUCCUGCGUCAGCCUGCUCACCCUCUCCCACCACUCUGAAGGUCUCUUCCAGAGAGCCAUCAUCCAGAGCGGCUCUGCACUCUCCAGCUGGGCAGUGAACUACCAGCCUGUGAAGUACACCAGCAUGCUGGCUGACAAAGUGGGCUGCAACGUGCUGGACACAGUGGACAUGGUGGACUGCCUGCGGCAGAAGAGUGCCAAGGAGCUGGUGGAGCAAGACAUCCAACCAGCUCGCUACCAUGUGGCCUUUGGGCCAGUCAUUGACGGGGAUGUGAUCCCAGACGACCCGGAGAUCCUAAUGGAGCAGGGCGAGUUCCUCAACUAUGAUAUCAUGCUGGGGGUUAACCAGGGCGAGGGGCUGAAGUUCGUGGAGGGCGUGGUGGACCCCGAGGACGGUGUCUCGGGCAGUGACUUUGACUACUCGGUUUCCAACUUUGUAGACAACCUGUAUGGCUACCCCGAGGGCAAGGACACCUUGCGGGAGACGAUCAAGUUCAUGUACACAGACUGGGCUGACAGGGACAACCCCGAGACACGUCGCAAGACUCUGGUGGCCCUCUUCACUGACCAUCAGUGGGUAGAGCCUUCGGUGGUGACGGCUGACCUGCAUGCCCGCUACGGCUCCCCCACCUACUUCUACGCCUUCUACCACCACUGCCAGAGCCUGAUGAAGCCUGCGUGGUCUGAUGCAGCCCAUGGGGAUGAGGUGCCUUAUGUGUUCGGGAUCCCCAUGAUUGGCCCCACAGACCUUUUUCCCUGCAACUUCUCCAAGAAUGACGUCAUGCUCAGUGCUGUGGUGAUGACCUACUGGACCAACUUUGCCAAGACAGGGGACCCCAACAAGCCUGUCCCCCAGGACACCAAGUUCAUCCACACCAAGGCCAACCGGUUUGAGGAGGUGGCCUGGUCCAAGUACAAUCCCCGCGACCAGCUGUAUCUGCACAUUGGGCUGAAGCCACGGGUACGCGACCACUACCGGGCCACCAAGGUGGCUUUCUGGAAGCACCUGGUCCCUCAUCUGUACAACCUGCAUGAUAUGUUCCACUACACCUCCACCACCACCAAAGUGCCGCCGCCCGACACCACGCAGAAUUCUCACAUCACUCGCCGGCCCAACGGCAAGAUCUGGACCACCAAACGCCCUGCCAUCUCACCUGCCUACAACAGCGAGAAUGGGAAGGAGAAGUGGAGCCCGGAGCAGGAGGCAGGCACCCUGCUUGAGAGCCCCCGUGACUACUCCACCGAGCUGAGCGUCACCAUUGCUGUGGGUGCCUCCCUCCUCUUCCUCAACGUGCUGGCCUUCGCUGCCCUCUACUACCGCAAGGACAAGCGCCGGCAGGACACACACCGGCAACCCAGCCCCCAGCAUGGCGCUGCCAAUGACAUCGCCCAUGCGCCCGAUGAGGAGAUGCCCUCCUUGCAGGUGAGCCAGGGGCACCAUGAGUGCGAGGCUGUGCCACCCCACGACGCCCUGCGCCUGGCUGCUCUGCCUGACUACACCCUCACCUUGCGCCGCUCCCCGGAUGACAUCCCGCUCAUGACCCCCAACACCAUCACCAUGAUCCCCAACUCGCUGGUGGGGCUGCAGACCCUGCACCCCUACAACACCUUCACGGCUGGCUUCAAUAGCACGGGGCUCCCACACUCACACUCUACCACCAGGGUAUAGCUGCCCGCCACUGGCGCACACGCAUGCACGCACGCACACGCACACAGCAGACACUGGCAGAGGGACCAGCGAGGCCAACGGAGCCCCCAGACACAGGGGCAGCGCCUAUGGACGAUGCGGCACCGAGCUUGGAGAUCUGUGGGGUCCCGGCGUGGCUGGAUGCCCUGCUCUCCCCCUGGCGCUUUCUUUUGUCCCUAUCUAACUUUUGAGAAGUGCUUUGACUCUCUUGGCUCCUGACCAGAGGGCCCCCGCAGGUCACCCCAGGGUGCCAGUGGAGUGCAGGGGGGGACAUGGCAUAGCCCCUGCGCCCAUGCACUGGUGUGAGUGAGCAGGGGGAAUCCUGCUGGCAGCGGCCACAAGGCUUCCCACACCGGGGUUGUGCCUCCCCACAGAGCAAUCACAUCCGCAGCGCUCUGCCCACUGAGCACCCCAGGACUGACGAGGAGCAGAGUCGGGCAUCCCUCUUGGCCAGUGCUCGGGCAUUCCCAGGUGGCUUGGCAUCCCGAGUGCCCUGGAAAAGUCUCUUUCACUGUGUCGAGAAGUGGCCCUGGGCCAUGGUGCUAUAGGCACAGGGAGCAGGCAGGGUCCAGGGAGUGUGGGCGCUGGGGCCAGUGCCAGGGCUCGGGGACCCCAGGAACCCUGGGAGCAGGGCCCCGGGCGGGAGACUUGGCACCUCUGCCCCUCUUUGCGCUGCAGAGAAUCUCUUUUGUGUCAGUUGUUUCUCUUUGCAGAGACGUUUUUUAAGCAGAUCUUUAGUUCUUUACACACUAACGGAGUCGCCGCGUUUUGUCCUUUGUAAAAAUUUUAAAACCAAGUGUUCUUGAUAUAAAAUAAAAAGCCAGUUAGAAGCCAGCGUGUGCGCGCGGUACCGGCCCCCUGUGGCCCCUGCCUGCCGCAGGCAGGCACCAGGCAGGGCACUGCCUCCUGCACCGUGGGGCCGCACUCUUUUGUAUUUUUUUAUAUUCUUCCUCCUCUGUCGCCUGUGCCCACGUAGCUCAGCCAACAGCCUAUCCGACGGUCCGCCUGCGAGCACCCCUGCCCUGACUCACCCAGCUGCCACCACCGGCUAGUGCCACCCACCGUCCCACGUGGGCAUCACCUGCUGUGAGCACCGUCUGCCCAGCCCCAUCAACCCAGGGCAGCCCCCCCCCCAGCACUGUGUCCCAGGGCUCCCCACCCUGCCUUGCUCCCCACGGAGCAUCCCAUGUCCCUUCCACUGCCUCAGGGCCACGCUGUGCCCUCCCUCCCUGUGCUGCUGCCUGAAAGCAGAGCCCACAGUUUGCAGCCUGUGGCAAGGGUGGCCAGCACUGCAGGGCUGGUAGGAGCAAGGUGAGCCUCGCACCAACAGCCACUCUGCCUCCCACCUCACUCCCGCUAAGGCCUUUCCCCUGUCGCAGGGUGACCCAAGCUCAGUUCUGGCAUCUCGGGCAUGUGGUCAGGAUAGACACCUGGGCAGGGGCUGCUCGAGCAAGGUCGCUAAGGGUGAUGUGGCCUGCAUGGGGCUGGGAGCACCUGUUCUGGGGCUGGGGCACCCGUUCUGGGGCUGGGGCACCCGCUGGGCUGGUGAUGGCCACCAAACUGCACAUGGCUGUGGGUAGUGGGGCUCAAGGCAAGGGGCUUCGGUGCAGCCAGGUGUGGAGCUGGAGCUGCCUGGGAGUCCAUGCAGGGCACCCCUGUCUCAGCCCCCCCCCCACCCCCUGGUGGGUGCUGGCACACAGGGCCACACCAUACCUUGAUCCUGUGCAAGACGGUCCGGCUGGCAGAUGCUGCCCAGGCUGGCGGCCGUGAUGCACCGGUGCCGGCUGGCCCUACUGCCUGGGGCCAACACACCCCCAGCCCUGCACCCUGCCCUGGCCCCCUGCCCUGGGGCAGGGCUGAGGGUGAGGAUGCUCAUUGGAGAAUGUAUUUAUACCCUAUCACCCGCGCAGAGUAACAAAUUCCAAAUAAAACAGAAGUGAUAUUUUUAA